AGGAGGAAACACUGGUAAUUGUAUGAUGUGAUUCCUGCAGCUGUUUUAAAAUAUAGUGAGAAACCUUCUGAGGCAGAUCCUAUGAGUGUGGUAACACGGCGUCUUCUUCUUCAGCCCCUCAAACAAUUCCUGAGACCUAGUAUAACAGUGAGAUGUUUAUCUUCUGAACGCGUCUUGUCCACUAAUGAUGAGAGCGAAGGGCUCACAGAGUUACCUCUAAAUGCACGGGAUCAUCUCGAAGCCUCAGAUCAUCUCCACACUUCGGAGGAGCAUGAUAUCAUAGAGGAAAUCCAACCCAGUGUCAUGGACAACUGCAGAUCAGAGAGCAGGAGGUUUGUGUUCGAGUUCCCUGGAACUAACAUAAGGAAUGUAGCGUCCUAUCUCCGAGGAGAUUACCCUGCUUUGUCACCUAACUUCCUUCCACAUCUUGACAUCAAUGAUUGGCAACGCAAGGUAAUGUUCGAGAGAGAGUGCGAAAGAGCCAUGUUCCUACAAGAUCCAGGACAACACGAGAUGGAGGAGCUCGGUUUUACCCGCCAGUUUGAGGUCAGAGAAAAGAUCAUCAAAAUAGAAAUGCAAAAACCAACAGACUUUGUUCUGUACCACGAUCUAAGGGAGAUGUGGAAGCGGAGACAAGGCAUGGACCUGCCCUUUGUCAAUGUUGGCAGUUUUGUGGAGGUCAAGUUGAGGUCCAAGUGGGAUUUGACUCGGCCAGUCACGUACGGUGGGCUGGUUAUCGAGAAGGAGCACAAAGAUCUGGACGCAUUCUUCAUUAUCAGGAAGAACGUAACGAGUUAUGGUUACGGAGUAGAGAACUACAUUCCGAUGUACUCGCCGUUACUUGAGUCAGUUAAGGUGAUCAGCUACCAAGUCCGGGACGACCCUGAUAUUUAUGGUACGUUACAGUCAGUACGUGACUUAACUCCGGAUCAGACUGAACUGCAGGAGCCAGUACCUGAACCUCUUAUCGACCCUCAGUCCAAUCUAGAAAUCCCUCACUUUGUGCCACUCCGAUUAGAGUACAGAGAAGAAAAACGACAGAAAAGGUUCAUGAAGAGCUCCCGUCACCUGCGGCCGAGAAGAAGCGAUACGAAUAGGUACGAGAAACUGUGGGUCCCCAAAUCAGAGCCAGAGAAGCGUUAUCAGAGAAAAAGCAUAUUCGGGAAGAAGUACAAGGAAUAGUCUAGCUUCGUUUUAGAAUACACCCAUGGUGUUUGUUAGCGGUUGUUGUGCGAAUUCAGAUUUCUGUUCUAGUACGAGAUGAAUUUUGAUAAGUACUACACGGAUUGUAUCGUGAUCGGAGUCCGGACGUGACCUCCGAAAUUUUCUGCACAGAUCAAGGUUCGAUUAUAUAUUAAUUAUUAUGUACGGAUUGAUCGGCGCGGUGUAACUUGAGGCUCUUGAUUAAGUUUAGUUUUAUUUUGUUUACAUCGUCAUUACUGUCUGAGGCUAAUUUAUAUUUUUACACUUCUAAUUUAUUUAUUACCCUAAAUCUACA